AUGAGUGCUGCUUAUCACUCGCCGGACUUCUCGCCGAGGACGAUUGCGUCAAUCGGCUAUUCGCUGAGGGCGCUCAUCUUCUUUGUCGUCUUUGCUGCCGCUGUCUCGUCCCGGCUGUUUGCCGUGAUCCGGCACGAGAGCAUCAUUCACGAAUACGACCCGGCCUUCAACUUUAGAGCGACAAAAGUAUUGACAAAGGAUGGCUACUACCGUUUCUGGAAUUGGUUCGACCCCACGGCCUGGUAUCCGCUUGGUCGAGCCGCCGGCGGUACCCUCUACCCCGGCUUGAUGGCGACGAGCGGCGCAAUCUACAACGUCCUUCACUUCUUCAACAUUGACGUUAAUAUCCGCGAUGUAUGCGUUUUCCUCGCUCCCGGAUUUGCGGGUCUCACGGCUUGGGCCACGUACAUGUUCACAAAAACGAUGAAGGACGAGAGCGCGGGUCUGCUCGCUGGCAUCUUCAUUGCCAUCGCUCCGGGCUACAUCUCGCGAUCAGUAGCUGGCUCAUACGACAACGAGGCGAUCGCCAUCUUCUUGUUGAUGAUCACCUUCUACCUUUGGAUCAAGGCGGUCAAGGAGGGCUCUGCUCUUUGGGGCGUUGGUACGGCCAUAUUCUACUUCUACAUGGUGGCCUCGUGGGGUGGCUACGUCUUCAUCACCAACAUGAUCCCCCUCCAUGCCUUCGUGCUCAUCCUCAUGGGCCGCUUCAGCACCCGCCUCUACGUCUCGUACAGCACCUUCUACGCCGUCGGCACUCUCGCCAGCAUGCAGGUGCCCUUUGUCGGCUUCCUUCCUGUGCGAACCAGCGAGCACAUGGCCGCUCUUGGCGUCUUCGGUCUCAUUCAGCUCGUCGCCUUUGUUGAGCUGGUCCGGUCGCAUGUUCCCUCCAAGCAGUUCGCCCUGCUGUUGCGCGCCUUUGUCGCCUUUGUCUUCUUCACGAGCUUUGCCGCCCUUGUUGCGCUCACCUACGGAGGCUACAUUGCACCUUGGACCGGACGCUUCUACUCUCUUUGGGACACCGGCUACGCUCGCAAGCACAUUCCCAUCAUCUCCUCUGUCUCGGAGCAUCAGCCGCCUGCAUGGCCAGCCUUUUUCUUCGACCUCGAGAUGCUCGUCUGGCUCUUCCCGGCUGGUAUCUACCUCCUCUUCCGCGAGCUCAGGGACGAACACGUCUUUGUCAUCAUCUACGCUACCAUGGCCAGCUACUUUGCGUCGGUCAUGGUGCGUCUCAUGCUUACUUUGACGCCAGUCGUCUGCGUGGCCGCUGCCAUUGCCAUCAGCUCGCUCCUCGACACCUAUCUCGACCCUCAAGAGCCCGAGUCGGCCGAGGACAGCGUCAACAGCAUCGCAGCAUCGGAGCCCGUCGCAGCUGUAUCCAAGCCUACGGCAAAGGGUGGGAAAAAGGGCAAAGCAGCUGCGGCAGCCAAGGCAGCAGCAGCAGCCGACGGUGAUGGCGUUGCCGACGACGUGGCCGACAUUGCUCCAUCAAACGAGGUCGUCAAUGGCUCCACCACGCACCCAGUCUGGGCUUUCAAGCGGGCGAAGGAGUCGUUGGGCAUCUACGGUCUCGAUUCGCGGGUCGUCGUGUCCAUCUACACUCUCGUUUUGCUCCUCGUCUUUGUCCUCCACUGCACCUUUGUCACGUCGACGGCCUACUCGUCCCCCUCGGUCGUCUUAGCCUCACGGAACGCAGACGGGUCACAGCACAUCAUCGACGACUUCCGCGAAGCGUACCACUGGCUCAAGCAGAACACCGCCAGCGAUGCCCGCGUCAUGAGCUGGUGGGACUACGGCUACCAAAUUGCGGGUUUCUCAGACCGUACGACGCUCGUCGACAACAACACCUGGAACAACACCCACAUUGCCACGGUGGGAAAGGCCAUGGCAUCGCCCGAGGACAAGGCCUACAACAUUCUGCAGCAGCACGAUGUCGACUACGUCCUCGUCAUGUUCGGCGGCCUGCUGGGCUACAGUGGUGACGACAUGAACAAGUUCCUGUGGAUGAUUCGCAUCUCUCAAGGUAUCUGGCCCGAGGAGAUCCGAGAGGUGGACUUCUUCACGCCCCAAGGACAGUACAAGGUCGAUGACGGUGCGACAAAGACGAUGAAGAACAGCCUGAUGUACAAGAUGAGCUACUACCGCUUCAAUGAGCUCUUUGGCGGUCGGCCCGGCAUGGACCGUGUUAGAGGCACGCCGACGGCCACUGAAGGUCCCAAGCUCGACUACCUCGAGGAGGCUUUCACCAGCGAGAACUGGAUCGUCCGCAUCUACGAGGUCAAGAAAUCAGACCCACUAGGGAGAGAGCUGCCGUUGGCAAAUGCCUUUGAUUCAGGCAAGCGACGCAAGAGGUCCAGCACCGCUUCCAAGGGCUCAUCAUCGAGCCGGCCAAAGGCAAGAAAAGGAGCAGCUGCGGCCUCAUGA